AUGGGAUUCGUGCUCCGCACGUUGCCAUUUCUGGCCAUUUUAAUCCAAUGGAGCACCGCAGAACAAGUUGUUCUCUUGGACACGACAGCAGAAGAAGCCAGCCUAGACUGGACCAGAUUUCCAUAUGGACCACAGGCCAAUACUCCAGGGUGGGUCGAAGAGUCCUUUACCAACUUCCAAAAAGGCAUAAACUGGAGAUCGUACGUAGUCUGUGAUGUGGCCUAUAACAACGCCAACAAUUGGCUAUGGACGCCGUUUAUCGAUAGAGGAGAGGCGAACCGGAUAUACAUCGAGAUCAAGUUCACCAUCAGGGAUUGUAGUUUGUUUCCAGGAAACGCGCUGUCAUGCAAAGAGACGUUUAGCCUGUUGUACUACGAGUUCGACGCCGCGACGCGGGAGCCGCCUCCCUGGGACGCCGAUAGAUACAAAUUAAUUGGUCGUGUAGCAGCCGGAGAAGGCAGAUUCAAUUCCAACAGCGAAGUCAACAUUAACACUGAAGUGAAAAGCAUUCCUGUUACCAAAAAAGGAGUUUAUUUUGCCUUUAGAGACCAAGGAGCUUGUAUAUCUUUGCUAGCAAUCAAGGUCUACUACAUCACAUGUCCAGAAGUCACUAUCAAUUUUGCCCGUUUCCCUGCCACACCAACUGGUAAAGAAAUCGCCAUUAUUGAGCAAGCGCAAGGGUCUUGCGUAAGCCACGCUGAAGUCGUAGGCUCUUCACCCAUUUAUCUAUGCAAGGGCGAUGGCAAAUGGUCCCUGCCCAGUGGAGGCUGUAAAUGUAAAGCUGGAUUCCAGCCCGAUAUGGAGAAACAAACUUGUAAUGUGUGUCAACCUGGUACCUAUAAAUCGGAAGUUGGUGAUGGACAUUGUUUCCCCUGCCCCAAAUACUCCCAAGGACCCGAAUUUGGCCUAUCUGAAUGUAAAUGCAUCGAAGGAUAUUUCAGGGCACCCAAUGAUCCUAAAAAUAUGUCUUGUACACAACCUCCAUCCGCCCCAUUGAACCUUACAGUUAAUUUUGUUGACCAAUCGAAUGUGAUACUCAGUUGGUUACCUCCAGAGAAUCAAGGCGGUAGAAGUGAUACUUCUUACAGAGUACGGUGUGACGCUUGCAGCUUAGGAUUAGUCCAGUAUAACCCACCAACAGAAACUUUCAACGAAACCAGGAUACAUAUAAGCGGCCUAAAUGCUGUAACGACUUAUCGAUUUCAAAUAUUUGCUGAAAAUGGGGUGACUAAUUUGAAUAAGAGGACUAGUCCGGAAUAUGCUGAUGUUACAAUUACUACAGAAGCUUCAGUGGCUAGCAGUAUUACCAAUAUUAGGGUGACAUCUGUGAAAAGUACUGAAAUUACUUUGGCGUGGGAUGCACCUAUCACUGAUGGAGAUUUGGAGAGCGAUCAAGUGGAAACUUACGAAGUUAGGUGGUUCCCCCGCAAUGAAGAAUACAGCAACUCUACUAGUUUCCUGACAACCACUUUGAUAGCCACAAUUACAGGAUUACAACAAAGGACCGAAUAUGGGUUGCAAGUUAGAGCCAAAACGCCAAGAGGAUGGGGAGCUUGGUCUCAAGUUAUUUUCAAGACCACUGGACAAGUUUUGAACACAGCUUAUGUUGGAGCAGAAGAAGGUUUCAGACUUCAGCUAGUGGCAGGAGGAAUCGUUGUAAUCGUGGUAGUUCUAGUAGCUGUCAUUGUCUUAACAGUGGUAUUCGUGCGCUCCAGAUCAAACGACGAAUGCAAUAAAAAACAGCCCAGCGAUUGUGAUACUCUGGAGUAUCGCAAUGGAGAAGUUCACCACACCAGCUUGGACAAUCCCCCAAUAGUUACGACCCAUACCAACGUGACCACCCCCCUCUUUACGGGUAUAAGUGGUUCUUCUCGAACUUACAUAGACCCUCACACUUAUGAAGAUCCCAAUCAAGCUGUCAGGGAGUUUGCACGAGAAAUUGAUGCUAAAUGUAUCACUAUUGAAGCUAUUAUAGGGUGUUAUUUUCAAGGUGGCGGAGAGUUUGGCGACGUGUGCAAAGGUAAAUUGAAAAUGAACGGUGCCGAGAUCGAUGUCGCCAUCAAAACCCUGAAAGCCGGCUCUUUAGAUAAGAGCCGCAACGAUUUCCUCACCGAGGCCUCCAUCAUGGGCCAGUUCGAACAUCCCAACGUCAUUUUUCUCCAGGGCGUCGUCACCAAAUCGAAUCCGGUGAUGAUCAUCACCGAAUAUAUGGAAAAUGGAUCUUUGGAUACGUUUUUGAGGGCCAAUGAUGGUAAAUUCAAAGUGAUACAAUUGGUGGGCAUGCUAAGAGGUAUAGCGGCCGGUAUGCAAUACCUAAGCGAAAUGAAUUAUGUGCAUAGAGACUUGGCGGCCAGAAACGUUUUAGUUAAUUCAGAGUUAGUGUGUAAGAUAGCCGAUUUCGGUUUAAGUAGGGAAAUUGAGAGCGCCACUGAGGGUGCUUAUACCACAAGGGGUGGUAAGAUUCCAGUCAGAUGGACAGCUCCAGAAGCUAUAGCUUUUCGUAAAUUUACUUCAGCCAGUGACGUAUGGUCGAUGGGCAUCGUUUGCUGGGAAGUUAUGUCGUACGGCGAACGGCCGUAUUGGAAUUGGUCAAACCAAGAUGUUAUAAAAAGUAUAGAGAAGGGCUAUAGAUUGCCAGCACCGAUGGACUGCCCUGAAGCUAUUUAUCAACUAAUGCUAGAUUGCUGGCAAAAAGAGAGGACGCAUCGGCCCUCGUUCCAGUCCAUUGUGAAAACUUUAGAUAAGUUAAUUCGUGGCCCAGAUACUUUAAGAAAAAUUGCUCAGAAUCGUUCCACUAAUCCCUUAUCAGCUGACGCGCCCGACCUAACUCAAUUCACAUCCGUGGAAGAGUGGCUCAAUUCAAUAAAAAUGACCAGAUACCUGGAGAAUUUCCACCUAGGCGGUGUCAAUUCGAUGGACGCCGUAGUAAAUUUAACCGUCAAAGAAUUGACGGAACUUGGUAUAACUUUGGUGGGACAUCAGAAGAAAAUAAUGAACAGUGUACAGAAUAUACGGGCGCAAAUACGUGUCAAUGGUAAUGAAGGAUUUUUGGUUUAG